GUACUCUCCUUCGGUGGUGGUGGCUGUAGAUAAAUGUCAAUCGUCCUGCUGGGGACGUCGCUCGGUCGUCAGUUUGAGAAUAGAGCCGGACACAGAAAGGAGCAGCUGGAAGACAAAAAGAAAAAACAGAUCGUGAAAAAUGGCUUUUACUAUGUCAACGGAUCCACCCGGGCCGGAAGCCCGGGCCCUGGCCGAGAAGGAGCUCAGGGAAACUGAGGAGAACGUGAAGAAAGGCAUUGAAACUCUGAGGAAAUAUCUCGAAGAGGACAAAACACUCUAUUAUAGUACCGAUGAUGAUUUCCUCAUGAUCUUCCUCCGGCCUUGCAAAUUUUAUCCGGAGAGCGCGCUGGAGCUAAUGAGACGCAUCGCGGACUUCAAGGUGAAACAUGCGGUUCUGCUGGACAAUUUGUUGCCGAGCGACGAAAAAGAGGCCUUCACCGAGCACAAUAUCGUUAACGUAUUGAAAGACAGAGAUCACAAAAAUCGCAGGGUGAUGGUAGUGAAUUCCGGCAAAGCCUGGAAUCCAUCAAAAGUCACCUGCGACCAGAUAUUUCGUAUGUUCUAUUUGAUACACGAGUUGGCCAUGCAGGAACCGGAGACGCAGAUAUACGGCACGGUGGUGAUAAUGGAUUUCGAUGGACUCUCCAUGAAACAAGUCACGGGAAUGACGCCAUCCUUCUGCAUGAGACUUCUUAGUUUUAUUCAGGACGCGAUGCCACUGCGUUUAAAAGAGGUUCACUUUGUGAAACAGCCGUUCUUGUUUAACAUGGUGUGGCAAAUGUUCAAACCGUUCGUCCGGGAAAAAUUGAAAAAACGCAUGUUCUUCCACGGCACCAAGAUGUCUGCGCUCCACGCGCACAUCCCACCGAGUCAUCUGCCGAAAAACUACGAUGGUGAACUGCCAGAAAUAGAUUACAGCGGUGCCGAUUGGUAUCCAGUGAUGGUUGCUAACGAAAAUAAAGUUAGAGAGUGGAACACUUAUGGACGUCGCAAGAAUUAAUAAACUGAACUUUCAUGAGAUAGUUGCUGUAGAUAUUGUUAAAUAUGUUUCUUCGCAAUUUAAAUAGAUUCUAAACUAUGGACAAUUUAACGUAUUGAGUAUAUGAUAUUUAAAACGUAAUACAACAUAUUUUAUAUAUGAACAACUAUUUUUUAAACAAAAUUGUAUUUUGUAUU